GAGAAACCUUGGAGAGGACCGCAGAUGUGUUUUUGUUUAUCAAUCAAUCAAUCAAUGUUUAUUUAUAUAGCCCUAAAUCACAAGUGUCUCAAAGGGUUGCACAAGCCACGACAUCCACAAUUCAGAGCCCACAUAAGGGCAAGGAAAAACUCACAACCCAGUGUGAUGUCAAUGUAAAUGACUAUUAGAAACCUUGGAGAGGACCGCAGAUGUGUUUUUUUAUCAAUCAAUCAAUGUUUAUUUAUAUAGCCCUAAAUCACAAGUGUCUCAAAGGGCUGCACAAGCCACAACGACAUCCUAUCAAGUUUGCACGUGUUUUAGUACACACAAACGUUUAGUAAAUCCGGCCCUAAGUUAUGAUUUUUCUGCUUAGUGGCGUCUGCUGAGAGCAGCAGCUUUUGAGGCCCUCUUGCCUCAUUUCAGGAUCUUUUAAGGAUCAGCUUGAGCAUCGAAGACACUUCAGGGAUGAAGAGCACUCAUCAGCUCCUUUCUAAACGACUUCGUUAUUCUUCAGUUAGGCUCGAUAUCAGCUUUCCCCAGUUUGCACAGUCAUGAUGAUCCCUUCUCCCCUAGAAAAGCUCUCACCCUAAAUGUUUGCUUAUGUUUCCUAUUUGGCUGAGGCGCCUAAGAAGAAGAAGAAAAAAAAGGAAAAAAAAAAAAAAGGCAAAUAAAUCACAUGCUGUGAAGCUGGCCAGGCCUUUCACUGUGAGAAACUGAGACUAAAAAGCAGAACAAGAGUGGAGGACUAAAGGGUUUUCAGAUGUGAGUCCAGCCCAGCUCGCUUGGGUGUGCGCCCUCCUUUUAUUCGGGGGAGAAUGGCUGUAGCCUCCACCCCCUCCAGAAGGGAAGACAGUCCCAGGGAAGCGCGCGUCGGAGAGGGGAAGAGCUGCCGCCGAGGCGCGGGGGCCGUCGGGCUGAUCUGAGAACAUCUGGCGAGGCAUCUGCUCGCCGAGGUUACGCCGCCUCGCUCUCAUAUUGCCGGGCCGGAGCUUCCUGUUAUGCCUCGCCGUGAUUUAGGCUUCUUCACGCGGGGUCCUCCGUCCUAGAGGGGACACCUUGAUCCCAUUUAUUCUGACAUGAAGGGAGCGCUCAGUUUGAUUGGGGUGUUCCUCUCCUUUCUCUACGACGCCACCUUUGGAGGACAUAUCUGGUCAAUCGCUUGCGGGAACAAGUCUCGCAGGUGUGUGGACUUCUGCUCCAUCUGCAAUGACUACUAUGGCAGCGCUACCAUGGACUGCAUGUACGCCCUCUUGCACAGCCUGUGCCUCCACAACUUCAACGAGGCCAUGGCAGCGCUGAAGACCACAGAUUGGUGCAUUUGGCAUAACGUCAGUGGGUUGUAUAGCAACUUGAGCCUUUGCACGGAGGAGAUAUCCGACUGCCUCCUCAUCCCGUGGCCCAACCCUCUGGUGGAGCAGACCUUUGUCGACAUCCACUCCAGCUUCUUCAAGGACUGUCCCAUGGAGGAGCUUAGCGACCCGCCGCCGGCCAUCGUAUUCGCCCUGGUUAUAACACCCAUCCUCCUUAUCCCUGUCAUGGUCAGUCUGGUAGUCCUUAAGACCAAAAAUGGUGACGGCAGCUCCUGAUGUUUCACUUGCGAUCUCAACAAGGAUGGAACAUUGAGAAUCAGACAAAACCUACUCGAGGUGCACUGCUUGUGGUUCCUGGCCGGCUUGUCUUCAAUGAACUAGAAGGUUCCUGUCAUCCAUUUGCUGGUAUCAGUUUCAGUUAAUCCCAAUGUUUUCCGCUCUACUUUCUUCAUUUCGGAUUCCAGUUCCUUUUGGCACAAAUUGUCAAUAGUACCUUCACAUUACUGUCCGUCUACCUGCCAGUUGGAGGAUUUCUUCAAGGAAUCCUCCGUCUCGUUGAAUAACGUAACGACCCCAAAACAAAGUGUAUUAAUCUUUCAGAAGCUCUUCCUUGCGAUCAGGUGCGUUAGAUAGUCUUCAACCAAACAGAGACCCUUUUUCCUGUCAUUUCAACUUUUAAAAUUUGCUAGGAAAGUUCCUGCAAUCCUUCACCAUGUUGUCCGCCUGCCAGAAAGUCAGAGGCUUUCUCCGUUUUUGGAAUGGCAAUGACAGUGAAUUGAAAUAGCUCUGCUAACUUUUUCCUUAACCUUUUAAAAAAAGCACUGUGCUUUGUUUUUUAGAGGGUUUACUAACUAGGAACUAAACAGACUUUGGUUCCAACAAUCAAAGCUUUAAAAGUUCCUCAUUUUUAGCUCCAACGUCUAAAACUACUGCGUUUCUACAACGCACUGCAAGGCCUGUGUGGUAAGGGACUGUGAGUCCUGAUCUGGCUUCUGUUAUGUUCCAGUUCUGGGUGUGGUAGGAGUUAGCAGUUAGCCUUCACCUUGUCUGACAGUCUGUGGUUUUCUGCGAGAGGUCUUCCAUCUCAUGGAAUGACGAAAAAAACAGUGAAUAACAACCCCUCCGCACAUCAGAUCCCACCUCCAAGUUCCUUAACCUUUCGAAUGCACUACCUUGCCAUCAUGAGUGGGAAGAUACCGUAGACUGGGACUAAAUUCAAGGCCUGGGCCCUGUGACGGAAGCACUCCUAGUUCCUAAAGAAGCUCCUGCAGUUGAAAUGCUUCUAAAGCUAAACUUGUUCAACCUUUCAAAGCAAUACCUUGCAAUAAGGAAUGUUAUUUAUCCUGGAACUACAUUGAGAUGUUGCUUCCCGUAAUCAAAACAGGCGAUGAUCAUUUCAAAAUUCCUGAAGAACGUUUCUGCAAUUAAAAUGUUCCAUCAAGUUCUCAACCUUCUGCCUCAGUUUAGAAAGGUAAAUCCUGACCUGGCUCGUGCAGACAGUGUCAUGCUGUCAAUAGUGGACCUCUUUCUUCUUAACCAGGCAAGCUUGGUUUUUACGUCUCCUGUACGUGACCCAAUCAACACACCAGCUCAGCCCUACAAAUGUGGUUAGUACCCUAUAAGAAGGGUGCCACAAAGCAAUACACUAUUUCUUUUACAAACCCCGCCCCCAAAAAACGAUACCACUUGGUGCAAACAAAGCUUAAUUUAUGUUUUAUAAGCAUUUGUCAUACUUUAUCAAAAAAAGCUAUGUAGAAUUCUGACAAAAGCUCAGGAGCUUGCUAAGUUAGAUCUUCAGCAGUAAGUUUUAGGUGGCGACAGGAAAACACGCGUGGAAAAGUAAAGAUGGGAAGCCAAAGGGUGAAGAUCCUUCUUUCCUGCGAUUGUCCCCUUUUUUUAAACACAAUCCUCCCAAAGCUCUCACAUCCAAAGGCAAAACCCAGUAACUCACUUCUAGCUGAUUUUGAGAAAACAAAGGAAAAACAAUCUAUCUUGAUGCUGUCUUACAAAGAUCUACAAAGUCAUCAAACGUAGAGAUAUUUUCUUGAGCUUUCAUUUUCUUGUCGAAUUGAAUCUGCUCUCAUGAACGUGUGCCCUUUCUCCAGAUAUUUUAUCACAAUCUCGGGUGGGCCCCCAUUCUGCGUUUGCACAUUGGGCAAGAGCCGUGUACAGCGUCCGGGUUUUAUUUUGACCUCCACAGUUAUCUGCUCAAAAGAGUAUGCAAGGGGGAGAAUCAAGAACAAUACAUUUAAUGAAGGUGCUUGCAACGUCCUGGGCCAAUCUUCCAAAUAUCCCCUCGUGCCAUAAUAUCACAUAAUCAGGUUGACCGUCGGCCCCCAUUAGUGCAAAUGUCUCAUUAAAGGGGAACAUUAUCACCAAACCUAUGUAAGCGUCAAUAUAUACCUUGAUGUUGCAGAAAAAAGACCAUGUAUUUUUUUAACCGAUUUCCGAACUCUAAAUGGGUGAAUUUCUGAAAAUUCAACGCCUUUCUGUUUAUCGGUCUUUUAGCAAGGUAAUACACCCGCCAUUUUCAUUUUCACAUUACAAACACCGGGUCUCAGCUCUGUUAUUUUCCGUUUUUUCGACUAUUUUUUGGAACCUUGGAGACAUCAUGCCUCGUCGGUGUGUUGUCGGAGGAUGUAACAACACUAACAGGGAGGGAUUCAAGUUGCACCACUGGCAAGAUAUCUGCCGCCAGACCCCCAUUGAAUUUGCCAGAGUGUUUGCACAUUUGACCGGCGAUGCUAAGACAGACAUGGCACAGAGAUGUAUGGAUAACCUGCAGAUGCAUUUGCAACGAUUAAGUCAACUAAAUCACAAAGAUGAGUUUUGUUGAUAUUGUUGACUUAUGUGCUGAUCAGACAUAUUUGGUCACGGCAUGACUGCCAGCUAAUCGAUGUUAACAUGCUAUGCUAAUCGAUGCUAACAUGCUAUUUACGCAAGCUGUAUGUACAUUUGAAACUAGAUACCCACAUUUAAUGCGAAACAAACACUUACCAAUCAACGGAUUUAAGUUGUUUCAGUGUCACAAGAUGCGAAAGUCCUGAUCGUUUGGUCCGCACAUUUUACCGGCGAUGCUAAUAAGGCAGCCGUGCUAUGGGCCACUUCAUUAGGUACACCCAUGCUAUGGUCGAAUAGCGUCAAUAGCUAUUCGCUCAAUAGCUUCAAUUUCUUCUUCAAUUUCGUUUUCGCUAUCUGCCUCCAUACUCCGACCAUCUGUUUCAAUACAUGCGUAAUCUGUUGAAUCGCUUAAGCCGCUAAAAUCCGAGUCUGAAUCCGAGCUAAUGUCGCUAUAUCUUGCUGUGGUAACCGCCAUGUUGUUUGUAUUGGCAGCCCUGUAUGACGUCACAGGGAAAUGGAAAGUCACAUCGCAAAUAGCGAAAAUCCAUACCGUUAAAGCUUUUUUUAGGGAUAUUCCGGGAGGUGUAAAAUUUUGAAAAAAACUUCGAAAAAUAAAACAAGCCACCGGGAACUGAUUUUUAUUGUUUUUAACCCUUUUGGAAUUGUGAUAAUGUUCCCCUUUAAAGACAAUAAGGCGACUGACAAAGAAGCUCCGAUUGGUCCCUUGAGAUACUAGGUUUUUCUGUUGUAUCUACGCGGUUAUGUGGUAGUUGCACUUACGGAACAAAUGACAAUAUCACAUACACUAAUGUAAAGCAUAUCACCUAGGAACUCCAAAAUUAUUAUCAGCUCAGUUUUGACCAACAUUGAGUUACUGGGUUUUGCCUUUGGACGGGAGAGCUGAAACCCUGACGACGCCCAUCAUCGUCACCUCAUCACGACCUGUGUUCAGAUAUCCGCUUAAGAUACCAAAGACGAUUUUGCUUUUUAGCAAAACAAUGUUUAAAUGACGCAAAAGCUCUCGUUUGUGGGUUUUAAGAUUUUGUUUUUUGAUUACAGUACCAAAGUGUCUAUUUAUGUCUUAUUUCUGGACGAGAGCAAACAAUGGCGGCCUGCUCAAUAUCAAUGUAUGGUGUUAUCAUUAAUAGGAUUAAAAACACAUUUUAAAAUCA